UGGUGGUUGUUGUCGUCAGCCAUUUUAGUGAGUUCGUGAUUUGACUGUUAUUACCGGUAAAUUUUAUGUCCUUUACCUUAGCAGUGCAGUAUUUCGAAGAAGUUAUAUUAGCCCAUACUUAUUAAAAGUGAUUAACACCUGUAAGAGAUCUACCAAACAAGCUUACAAUAGAGGAAUUGAUUAAAAGUAGGAAGUACAAGAUUUAACAUGGGUAACGUCAAACGUUUAAAGAAAAAGAAGAACUUUCCAGUCAAGUCAAAAGUGCCAAAAGAAUUAACAACAUCUAUAUCACCAAAUCCUGUUGCUGUCCCAUUUGGCUGGACAAAAAUUUGCAGACUAUGUGAAGCGAAGGAUGGACCUUUUCUUAACAUUUUUGAUGCAGAUAAGACUGUGGCUAAGAAAAUUUCCUAUAUAUUGCCAUUUGUGAUAGCAGAAAAUGAUGAACUCCCUCACAAAAUCUGCUUCCGUUGUUCGGCUAAGAUUGAAGAGCUAGAUGAAUUCAUACAAAAGUGUAUUAAUACUCAGGCAAACCUUUCCAAAGCAAUUGGGAAAAAUGGUCCACUUUUCACUAAAACCAAAUCUCGAAUACUUUGGGAAGAGCAACUCAAUAAAUCAAAUGUUACCAAUGAUGAUAUUUGUGAUGCUGUUAUUAAAAAAGCUAUGGAAGGGAUUAAAUCUAUAGACUUGACAGCAACAUCUCAUAAAGAACCCAGAAAGUUACGAAGUGAUAACUUCAAAACGUCAUUGGAAAGUAUAACAGAAGCUGAAAAUGAACUUGAUGAUACGGAUCAGGUGUUGCCACAACCCACACCAAAGCCCACCACAACUGUGAAUGAUAAAAGUAUCUUAGAAAGUUCACCUAGUGCCGUAAAUAAACGUUACGUAAAUAAACCUCUUUUAAAAGGGCUUGCAUCAACAAUAAACUUCCGAAAACCUAGUCUCUUUAAACCAGUUAUAAACACAACAGAAGCAGUUUCCGUUCUUACUGUAAAUAAAGUUAUUAAAAAAGAAAAAGAUGCUGAAGUUGAAAAAACUUUUUCAUUAGGGACUACUGCGGAUAGUACGGCUAUUGUAAAAUGUGCACCAGAGCCUGACCCCGCACCGUUCGAUAUAAUGGAUCAUGUGAUUACUUUAAAGGUUACUGGGGUUGGUACACUAUUCCAGUGCCAACUCUGUAAAAGGAAUUUCUUGAAAAAAGAUGUUUUAGCUACUCAUGGAUGCACUACACAAAAACUUGAUUUGAAAAAUCGUUAUAUUCAACCAGCUCUACCUAAAGCACCAGUUGUUAAGUAUAUAAAUACCAGAGAAAAUAAGACAGAACCAGAAGAAAAUAACACUAAUCCAAAUGUGGAAGCCAAAAAGUCUGAAAUUAAACAAUAUAGACCUGGUCCAAAAUCUAGAGUGGGACCAGCAAGCCUUCAGAAUGUUAUAAAUGACUCCCCAACGGUUAACUCUAGUACAGUUGAGCGUCCUUCAUCCAGCAAAGAAACCAUAAAAAGGCCUUGUAGCAUGGAUGAUAUUCAAGAAACUCCUUCUAAGAUAGUAAGAUUACAACCUCGUAUUGCAGAAACUACAUCGAGUAAUACUUCAAAACCAUAUCCAGUUGGCAUUUUUCAAGCAGUACCUCAUCAUUCAAGAGUAACUUCAAAUCCUGCUCCAUUUUAUGCUUCAGAUGCCAAAAAACAAUCUUGCACUGUUAUUCAAACAGAUAGUCCAGGCAAACUACUUAUAUCAACCAAGCCACGUGUUGAUCUUGAGGUGGCUAGAAAACCAAACGCCAAUCUUGAAUCACGAAAAACUUCUAUGGUACAGCCAUUCAGAGUUACUUCAGAGAAUGCAGCUCCAACUAAACCUCAACAAUAUUUUACUUUUAUUAAUGUAGAUCCAUUGGUGCAGCCAUCAUACGUUUUGCCUACAGAUAACUCUGCUCAGGACCAUAAUUCAAAUGAGAGUGGCGACAAACCGAAAACCUACACAUGUAAUAUGUGUAAUGAGAAAUUCACUAGAGAACAAAAGUUAUUGGCUCACAUUAAAUCUCACUACAACAAAAUGGAUGAAAAACUGCAAUCUAGUUGUGAAAGGGCUGGACCAGCUAGAAGGAAGAAGUCCUAAGAUUCUAAAACGAGAUAAAAGAAUAUGAAGAUCUGCCACAUAUAGUUUGCUCCAUGGCCAGACACUACUAAUGGAGACACAAGACCCAACACUAUUUUGUGAAUAUUUAUUAAAAUACGAUGUCACAUGUAACGUUAUAAAUGUCGUAGUAAAAAAUUAUACGUUAUAUUGUGUAGUUGACCAGAAGAAUUAGUACACUCACUCACAAGUCAAAGUAUCGUUUGCAUAAGAUAUAACAAGGAAUUUUUUUUAACUUUUGUGUCUAUAGGUGUGGCCUGCUGUACCAAUCUAUUGCAUAUUGUAGGUCCCUGUUACUGUUUUUAUUGGAUGUAGGAGAACCAAACCUGGAAAAAUUGUACAACACUGGUUAGUCAUGUACAUGUUUCGAGUUAUUGCUGGGCUUGUUAAGUUGAAGAGACCAAAAAAGCAAGAAACAGAAAAUUUAUUACAUAAGAAGUAAAUUCAACCCUCUAAACUCUGUGACUGAAAUUGCGCGGGAAAUGAAUCAAUCGAACAUUGCAAUAUUCUUCUUUGAGCUUAUCGGUGGUGCCUUUUUUUUUAAGAUUUCUUCAGCAUUUGCGAGUGGGUUUCUAACAGGAGUCGAAUAAUUUUAUUCAGUCGAACAAUUUUCAGAAACUAGCUGCUGACAUCCAUAGCUUUAAGAACAUUUGUGUCAAGAUUUCCGUCAAAGAAACAGAUAAUUGCACGUAGCAAACCGACAUAUUUCCAGUUUGUUUGGCAGCCCGGUAGCAGUGAUAGUGUCUUUCCGGUUUCGUGUUAUCGUUUAAAACGCUAAUUAUUUCACAAAAUGGCAAUGCAAGCGAGCUAUUUUUGGUACGCAGUUAGCCGCCAUGUUUAAACAACCCGAAGAUUUAUUAAUUACUAGUUUAAGGAGAGACGUCAAAAUUGU